UCCAAAAGCACAUCCUCCCAGAAUCAGAUUUAACUCUGUCCUAGACACACAUGCAUGACGUAACAGUUUAACGCAGUUUGCCUAGUGGCCAUUUUGUUUUCAAUCGCACGGCUGACUAAGCAGCAAACAGUAUGGUAAAAUACACAGAGUACGGAAGUCCAGCAGCAAUAGCAGUUAACCCUGAAUUGAAACCAUGCACAGCACCAUAUGACCCACGAUUCCCAAAUCAAAACCAGACAAGAUAUUGUUUCACUAGCUAUGUGGACUUUCAACGUUGCAAAAUGCAUCAUGGUGAAGAUUAUGAGGCUUGCAAAUAUUUCAAGAAAGUAUACUCUGCAAUGUGUCCAAACUUUUGGAUAGAGAAAUGGGAUGAUCAAUUAGCUAAUGGAACGUUUCCAGUAAUCUUAUAAUACAUUGGAGGCAUUGCAUUAUACUUGCCCCUUUAGUGAUAUUGUUUAC